AGCUCCCACGACACAUUCCAAAAGUCUGCUGAUAACACCUUGCUUUAUUCGAUACUACACCCUUUGGAACAACUAUCCCAUUCGAAGAGAUUCUCGAUCGUCGGACAACUUUGCAUGGACUGACCCGGUAUAUUUGCUGUCCGAUUACCUACAUUGAAGCUUGGAUAGGAUGCGAUUGCCCAAUUUUGGGGGAAGGCUUUCUGUGGGCCUUCUCUUACUAUCACCUUGCGUACGACUGGUUUCAUGCGGUCCUGCUGUCGGUGUUGCACUUAAGGCUUCCUGGAAUGGUGCGCCAUUCUUAUUAGAACUAUUGGAAACCGCCGCUGAGGAGGUCGGGGCUUCCUAUUUUCCUCUACUUGAUCGGAUAGCGGCAGGCGAUUUUGCCAAUAUAGACUCCGACAAAGCUCUUUACCACGCUUUUCUACGGGUUGCACUGGAGGAGGGGUUCUUGGUGGACCAAGAGGAGCUUGCUUCCUUCAACUUUGCGUUGUCGAUACAUGCUGCUGCUCCGAGGAUAGAAGCUCACUACCACUACUAUGAGAACUCUUUGGAGCCCAUAAUGGGGAGGUUGUAUGAGGCCACUUGUGAAGUUUGGCUUCAAUGGAGUCAAAAACAGAUUUGUGGCACUGAUGGUGAUUUUAAGGACAUGUUAAACAAUCGACGGAAGCUUCAGUUUGACCGGGUGCUGGAGACACGAGAAGACAAACCAGCAGCCAUCCUUUAUGCCGAUAUUGAAGCCCCAAAUUUCAAACGGUUUCACGAGGUACUCAAGGAUUAUGCCAAACAAGGAAUACUUACCUAUCGCGUGCGAUACAAGCCCCGGACCAACAGGAAGGGACGACCUGUGAUUCUCAGUGGGUACGGCGUGGAGUUAGCUCUCAAGAAAACAGACUAUAUUGUCAUGGAUGAUCGUGAUGUCUCUGAUGAAGGCGGUGUUAAGAAGGGCAGGGACACACAAACUCCUAUCGGAGAAUUGGAUGAUCAAGAGAUCCAGGACGUUGAGCCUCUCCACCCAAAGGAUAUGUCAUUCCUUGGAAUGAAGGCUGCUAGUUUUGUUAUGGAUAGCGGAGAUCCCCUAGCCACACUUCUGAAACUUCUGCAAGACUUUCCGAAACACGCCUCCUCUGUGGCGGCAAUCGAAAUUAAUCCGGAUGUCGCGGAUGCACUUCAGGGAAACUGGGACUCCUUUCUUGGCCCCGGUCAGAAUGCUCUCUGGAUUAACGGGGUCCAGCUUGAAAACUCCGAUAUUAAUGCCUUCGCACUUGUUGAGCAUCUGCGAAGGGAGAGGAGAUUCGUGAAUAGUUUCAAGACUCUUGGGGUUAACUCUUCCGAAGCUGUCCAACUACUGUCCCACCAGAUACUCGCCAGUUCUAAGCAGGAUGAGGUUCCGCAGAGGUUCGACUAUCGUGAUAAUAUCGAGGGCGGAAAGACCAUCGUUUGGCUAAAUGAUUUAGAAAAAGACUUGCGAUAUCGAGAAUGGUCUGCCGCAGUUGAUACGCUUCUUCGUCGUGUCUACCCCGGACAGUUGCAUCCCCUCCGGCGCAAUGUGCACCAUCUUGUUGUUCCCGUAGACCUUGCCUCUAAGGACGAUCUGGCUUUGAUCACCGAGCAGUUGCGUUUGUUUGUCGAUAGGAAGAUUGCUCUCCGAUUUGGAGUAGUGCCUUUGACCGGGACCCCUGAAGCUGUUGCGCAGGCAAAGGUCUUCUAUUACUUGAAUGAGACUUAUGGCCUUCCGGUUGCUUUGGGAUAUCUUGAAUUGGCGCUUGGAUCCGGCCAAUUCUCAAAGCCAAAUGCUAAAGUCUUGGAUCAAGUUAUCAAAGAGGCUGAGCUCAUUGAGGGUCGGAUCGCACUGUCUUUGGAGGAGGUACUGUCCUCCGAGACUAUCGAAGAGCGUAUUAAAACGUCUAAAUCAUGGGCUGGUAGAAUGGGCGCAAACACUCUCAUCCCUCCGGUGUUCAUUAAUGGUCUUUCUCUAGCUAGAGACGAGCAAUGGAUGCAAAUGAUGAGCGCUCGCCUUCAAGUUGAUGUUCAAUUGACCCAGAGAGCGGUGUAUGAGGAAAUCGCCAACGACGAGACCGACUUUGCCGUUCUACUUUUGGGUAAUGCGGCCACACGUCGGAAUUAUUAUAUCUUCCCAGAGGGUGAGGAAUCUAUCAAAACUACAAAUGUUGGGAAGCUUUUGCAAGAAUAUGCUCGCAUCUUUGAGAAGUUACCAACUGUUGUCUCGGAUAAGCCAGACAAACUUGCCGAAUCCACUAUCUGGGUCAUUGGUGACUUUGACGAGAAGGAUGGAUAUGAACUCCUCCAAGGUGCUAGCGAGCUUCAAAAGGUUGCAUCAGGCGUAAACUUGGUUUUUAUUAACAACCCCCAACUUGUGAGCGAGAGACCUGCACUCUCUACACUUCUUUAUCAACUCCACCAAGUUGGAUUCUUCAAAGGCCCCGAGCAACUUCAACAACUCUUGGAGGAAGUCUGGCAGUUCCCCGACCAUAUCGAGUCCGGGAACUUCUGGAGAGAGAGCCAGAAGAUGUUGGAGGUGGCCGGAUUUAAACCUGGACAGAGGGGAGUGAUCAUCAACGGGCGUGUCGUGGGACCUGUUCCUAUUGAUGAGGAGUUUGGCGCAGAAGAUUUCAGGCAGCUCUUGGAGUACGAGCAUUCUAGAAGGAUUUUGCCUGCGCUAAGGGCUGCUAAUGAGAUUGGCGUUUUGGAAAAGCUCAAAGGUUUUCAAUCUUCUGCGUGCCUUACCAAUCUAGUUGCUCUGAGCAACAUUCCCGAAGUGCCUACGAGCAUGUUCCAAGGCCCAUCAUUGGCCAGGACAGAUGCCUUCAACAGACUUUGGAAGCGAGAACAUGUUGCUAUCAAGUUGGGAGAUAAAGACAAAGCUAUCUUCCAAGUUGUGGCUUCCAUUGAUCCGGCAAGCGAGCUCGCUCAGAAGUGGGUGCCAAUUCUGAAGGUCUUGUCGGAGAUGAGGGGCGUGUAUAUGGAUAUAUACCUUAAUCCCCAGAGAGUAAUUACGGAGCUUCCGGUUAAACGAUUCUACCGUCAUGUUCUCAACUCUGCCCCGACCUUUGAUGAAAAUGGUAAUCUCGCGGAUCCCCAAGCUCGGUUUGAAAAUAUUCCAGAACUUCCUUUGCUUUCUUUGAGUAUGGAUGUCCCUCCAUCUUGGUUAGUAACGCCCAAGGAGUCGCCGUAUGAUUUGGACAACUUGAAGAUCCAGUCCCUGAAAGAUCGCUUGAAGGGAAGUGAUAUCGAGGCGCUCUAUGAGCUUAGGAGCAUUCUUAUUGAGGGACAUUCUACCGAUAUUAUUAAUGGGGGGGCACCAAAAGGAGCGCAAUUAGUUCUUGGUACUGAGAAGGAGCCUCAUUUCGCAGAUACUAUUGUCAUGGCGAACCUGGGUUAUUUCCAGUUCAAGGCAAACCCUGGAUACUACAAAAUGGAAUUGAAGGAAGGCCGCUCUAGGGAGAUCUUCCACAUCGACAGUACGGGGACUAAGGGCUUCCAACUGGGCAAACGUGAGAUAACCGACGAGGAUUCCGAAAUCUCAUUGUUGAGUUUCCAAGGAGCUACUUUGUUCCCCAGAUUGUCAAGAAACCCGGGAAUGGAAGUCGAGGAUGUCCUUGAACAGUCUACUGGUGUGCCAGGGAAUAUUGGUGACUUUGCUGCCAAGUUUUUGAGGAAGGUGGAAGACGUACUUGUGAAUAUCGGAUUCCUUGCACCGGCGGUGGAUUUGAAACCUCAGGCUGAUAUCAAUAUUUUCUCCGUUGCCAGCGGCCACCUUUACGAAAGAUUUUUGAACAUCAUGAUGCUUAGCGUCAUGAAGCACACCGACAAAUCGGUCAAAUUCUGGUUUAUUGAGAACUUCUUAUCUCCCUCGUUUAAAGAUUUUAUCCCGAUAAUGGCUAAGGAGUACGGCUUUGAGUAUGAAUUGGUCACAUACAAAUGGCCCCAUUGGCUUCGUGGCCAAAAGGAAAAGCAGCGCGAGAUUUGGGGAUACAAGAUUUUGUUCCUUGACGUUCUCUUCCCCCUCGAUCUCGACAAAGUCAUCUUUGUCGACGCUGAUCAGAUUGUCCGAACAGACAUGAAAGAGCUCGUUGACCUGGAUAUCCAGGGCGCGCCAUACGGCUUCACGCCAAUGUGUGAUUCUAGAGAGGAAAUCGAGGGCUUUCGCUUCUGGAAGCAGGGCUACUGGAAGAGCUUCCUGAAGGGCCUUCCGUAUCAUAUCAGCGCCCUGUACGUCGUAGAUCUCAAGCGCUUUCGCCAAAUUGCCGCCGGCGACCGCCUCCGCCAGCAAUACCACCAACUCUCUGCCGACCCGAACAGUCUCUCAAACUUAGACCAAGACCUACCAAACCACAUGCAAAGUAUGCUCCCCAUCUACUCCCUGCCGCAAGAGUGGCUCUGGUGCGAGACCUGGUGCAGCGACGAGAGCCUUAAGACAGCAAAAACGAUUGAUUUAUGCAAUAACCCUAUGACAAAGGAGCCGAAAUUGGAUCGCGCUAGAAGGCAGGUCCCGGAGUGGGCAGCGUACGAUGAGGAGAUUGGGGCGUUAGCAAGCAGGAGUUUGAAGAAGGGAGGGGAGCAGGAGGAGAGUGAGACGGCAAGGGAGGUAGAGAAGGAGGAGGAGACGAUGGAGGUGCUAGGGGAGAGGGAGGGUGAGCGGCUUGCUAUCAAGGAAGAGCUUUAGGUGGGCCGGGAUAAGGGGGCGGGGGAUCUGUAUUUGUAUUUAAUGGAGAGUACUUUUAUCGUAGUGGUUACCGGAA